AUGAGUGAAGAGGAAACGGUCUCAGCCCCAGCUCCAGCUUCUACACCGGCCCCGGCUGGAACCGAUGUAGGUAGUGGUGGAGCAGCAGCUGGAAUAGCUAAUGCUGGUGCUGAAGGCGGCGACGGUGCCGAGGAUGUUAAGAAACAUGGGUCGAAGAUGCUAGUGGGGCCCAGGCCGCCACAAAAUGCGAUAUUCAUCCAUAAGCUAUACCAGAUUCUGGAGGACGAAUCGCUACACGACUUGAUAUGGUGGACCCCUUCGGGCUUAUCCUUCAUGAUUAAGCCUGUGGAACGGUUUAGUAAGGCUUUGGCUACAUAUUUCAAGCAUACUAAUAUCACGAGCUUUGUAAGACAGUUGAACAUUUACGGCUUUCACAAGGUGUCGCAUGAUCAUAGCAGCAACGACGCUAAUAGUGGCGACGACGCCAAUACUAAUGAUGACAGCAAUACUCACGAUGAUAAUAGUGGCAACAAAAACAGUAGUGGCGACGAAAAUACCGGUGGCGGUGUCCAAGAAAAGGAGAAAAGUAACCCCACUAAAAUCUGGGAAUUUAAGCAUAGUUCUGGUAUUUUCAAGAAAGGUGACAUUGAGGGACUCAAACACAUUAAGAGAAGAGCUUCUUCCCGUAAUAACUCCUCAAUUAACAGUCGAAAGAAUUCUAGUAAUCAAAACUACGAUAUAGAUUCCGGUGCAAGAGUAAGACCCUCUUCGAUUCAAGACCCGUCCACCAGUUCCAAUUCCUUUGGUAAUUUCGUUCCGCAAAUUCCGGGCGCCAAUAACUCUAUCCCCGAGUACUUUAAUAACUCUCAUGUAACUUACGAAAACGCAAACCAUGCCCCGCUGGAAUCCAAUAACCCGGAAAUGCAAGAGCAAAACAGACCUCCGAACUUUCAAGAUGAAACACUGAAACAUUUGAAAGAAAUAAAUUUUGAUAUGGUUAAGAUUAUAGAGUCUAUGCAGCAUUUCAUAUCUUUGCAACACAGUUUUUGUUCACAGAGUUUCACCUUCAAGAAUGUGAGCAAGAAAAAAUCGGAAAAUAUCGUGAAGGAUCACCAAAAGCAACUUCAGGCAUUCGAAAGCGAUAUGUUAACUUUCAAACAGCACGUCAUGUCGAGGGCCCACCGUACAAUAGAUUCUCUUUGUGCUGUAAAUGCUGCCGCUACCGCUGCCUCUGUCGCCCCUGCACCCGCGCCCACAUCCACAUCUGCAUAUGCACCCAAAUCUCAGUAUGAGAUGAUGGUUCCUCCAGGGAACCAGUAUGUCCCGCAGAAAUCUUCCUCGACCACGAACAUCCCUUCGAGAUUCAACACGGCUUCAGUGCCGCCCUCGCAACUUUUUGUACAAUACCAACCGCAGUCGCAACAACAUGUGACUUAUGCGAAGCAACCGGCACAUGUACCAAACUUUAUCAAUCAGCCGAUACCCAUCCAACAACUACCUCCACAAUAUGCAGACACUUUUAGCACUCCACAAAUGAUGCACAAUCCUUUUGCCUCGAAAAAUAACAACAAACCGGGCAACACGAAGAGGACCAAUAGUGUUCUCAUGGACCCGCUGACUCCCGCAGCGAGUGUUGGAGUUCAGGGUCCACUAAACUAUCCUAUCAUGAAUAUUAAUCCUUCUGUCCGUGACUACAACAAGCCUGUCCCUCAAAAUAUGGCUCCGAGUCCAAUAUAUCCUAUUAAUGAACCAACAACGAGAUUGUAUUCUCAACCAAAAAUGAGAAGUCUCGGGUCUACAAGCUCUUUGCCCAACGAUAGAAGAAACAGUCCUCUGAAGCUGACACCGAGAUCAUCGUUGAAUGAAGAUAGUCUGUAUCCCAAACCUAGAAACUCUCUCAAAUCCAGUAUUUCGGGCACGUCUUUAUCCUCCUCUUUUACACUAGUUGCCAACAAUCCAGCCCCAAUUCGGUACUCUCAGCAGGGAUUGCUUCGCUCAUUAAACAAAGCUGCUAAUUGUGCUCCAGAUUCGGUAACUCCAUUAGACUCGUCUGUCUUGACGGGCCCUCCUCCAAAAAACAUGGACAAUCUUCCUGCUGUUUCUUCAAAUUUAAUAAACUCCCCCAUGAACGUCGAGCACAGCUCAAGCCUAUCACAAGCAGAACCUGCACCACAAAUAGAACUACCGCAGCCAUCUUUGCCCACAACGAGCACCACUAAGAAUACUGGCGAGGCUGACAAUAGUAAGAGAAAAGGGAGCGGUGUUUAUUCUUUACUGAAUCAAGAGGAUAGCAGCACGUCCAGUGCUGAUCCUAAAACUGAAGAUAAGGCCGCUCCGGCACUCAAAAAGGUUAAGAUGUGA